AAGCGGCCUUUUCAGUAAAAGCUUGGGUAGCAACAAUGGCAGCACCAACGGCUAUAGAUUUGACUAAUUCUGGUCAUUUUACAGAAUUCAGUGGUUCUUCACCAGAAGACAUAUCUUACGCCAAGACUUUCUGGCAGUCUGUGCAACUUCAGCCACCAAUGGAAUCUCGUCUGGUAUCAUCCGACAUCAAACAAAGACUACGUGUUGCUCCGUCUGGAAUUCACAGUGCAGUAAUGACUGGUGUUCCUAAGACAAAUGAUAAAGUUUUGAAUGACUUCAUGAUGCGAGCUAAAACGCUGGAGAGACUCGAGGAAUACAGAGUCAUUCAGAAGUAUGCCCACGAACGCGAACAAGAUAUACAGCUGCUUCAUAAGCAUAGAGAGGAGAGAAAGAUGAAAGAAGAAAUUUCCAGAGGGAAAGGUUUGCAGAAGAAGAAAGUUGAGGAAGCCUUCUUGAGGAGUCAGUCUGAGGCAGACCUCAUUGAGGAGACCCCCGAGGAACAGCUGAGGCAGCUGGAUGAGUUUGAGGCAGCCAGAUUUGGGUCACGUGACUCCGAUUCAGACUGAUUUACAUGUUCAUUAUGCAUAUUGUUUAUAUACAUUAUUUAUUACUGCUGUGAUAUUUAGAAAAAAACAUCCUGACAUUGUUGAAAUGAGAGAGAGAGAGAGAGAGAGAGAGAGAGAGAGAGAGAGAGAGAGAGAGAGAGAGAGAGAGAGAGAGAGAGAGAGAGCACCAAAAGAUCUAGAAAAUCAAGGGAGAGAUAUAGAGAUCGAUGUUGAUUGUUUUUGUUUAAAAAAUGAAUACAAAAAUAAGA